AUGAGCCCUAGCCACCUCUUUUUUCGACCCGUGGAGUCGUCCAAUGGUUGCUACAGCAGUACGCUUCGAGGACGAGGUCUCACGGCUCUCAAAGAAGAGGGAAAAAAGAAGUCGAAUAUCACUCUUCUAUCUUACCAAAACGAAAGCCUUAGCGUGAAAGCAUCGAUUGAAAAUAUGCUGGAAUGGCACCAUGAGCACGAUCCAGAGACCAUCCAAUCCGAUGAUGAGUGCAAAUCUCGCGUCGCCGUUGCUCGAGGGUGGCUAGAGGUUAGUCAUGCGUUGCACGAUCCAAUCCCUAUUGAGGACUAG